UGUGGAGGUGAAUGGGCCUGAAGGGAGGCUCUCCAAGGAGGUGCCAAGAAUCAGUUGUGCCUGGGGGAGGCAAAAGGGGGUUAGUCAGGAGACAGGGCCAGAGGAGGUGCCCAGAACAGAAGGAGGCCGUAGGGCACCCUACUGCCCAAACUUCUCCUAGCCCAUGAUACCUCCAAGGGAGACUGAAAGGGCUGAAGGGGGAAGAAAGUAAAGGGUGGAGAGAGUCUAGGAGGGACCACAGGGGUUCUGGAGAAGUCCAGCGGCCACUUUGCCUUUCCCUUCUGGGUUACACCCAUAUAAACCCCAGCUGCCCAGCCUGGAGUCCUCCCGACUUUUCCUGCUGUGGCCAACUGUGGCAGAGGUUGCACACACACAGGGGGCAGGACAUGCUGCCUGCAGCUCACAGGAGGACAGGGAGCUACAGACGCUGCAGCCUUCAGAGCAGAACCACUGGACAAGCUGCCACGUGUCCCACACAACUCCAGUGCCACAAUCCAUCCAUUCCCUGCUCCCACAUCACCUGGAGAUGUGACUUCCCCUGUUUAAUCAGACGUACAUUAUAGCCAAAGGGAGCUCUGUCUACAUCCCCGGCCAGCCCAGUCAAGAUGCAGCUGAGGUUGGAAGUCUGGCUCCCGGUGGGGUGGAAGGGAGCAGCAAUGUGGAGUAAGGAUGUUCCAUUGCUCCAGUGUGGGAAUGAGGAAGCCUGGGUGGAUGGGGAUUGAGACCAUUCCUGAAAGGUGCAUCCAGACCUACAGGUUGGAGGUAUUGCUGUCCCUCCUCCAAUGACAGACACUGCAGGCCAGGAGAAAAAUCAGCCCCCGAGAAGGCCAAAAGGGAAGCCAAGUUCCUUCCAUCCUAUUCCAUUCUGUUGAGCCACCAAGCCUGUGGUUUUGCAGUUGCAAAACAACUCCCUAUUUCACAAGGCAGAAGGAAGACAUUUCCCCACCAAGUGACCGGAACUAAGAAAGAGAAACAAAAAGUCCUGAGGGCUUUUCUCCCAGGGUCUGCAGGAUCCUAAGACCAAGUCAUCACGGGGGCCCAGACCCAGGCAUGUGACUAGGACAUUGUGGUUCCAGUUCAACCAUCCCAGUCCUGCAUUUGUGUUUGCAGAAACCCAAGCUGUGCGACAGAAGGUGGCAACGAGGUCAUAUCAGGACCCACAAGAAGCCACCCAGCUGCUCAGUGCCUCCUAGCCAGCGCCUUCCUCUGAAGAAGCCCUGCUGAGUCGAGUACUGAGAGAGCCAAGAGGAAUACAAUGCUGCCUGUGACCCAUGUGUUGGCCUUCGGUGCUUGGCUGGUGGCACAGAGCAAGGCUGCACCAAGUGCUCCAACAAUCUCCAUCUUCCUGAAGCCACCUGGGGUGAUCCCACCAGGAGGCUCCACCACUAUCUGCUGCAGCUGCCAGCAUGGCAAUGGGAACUUCAUGCUGUACAAGGAUGGCCACCAGCUCCGUACCCUGGAGCAGAGUGGCAGCAGGGCUGAGUUCUCCAUCUCUAAUGCCACCUACAAGGACACAGGUACCUACAACUGCCAUUACCUGGAGGGAGGCACUGUGCUGGCUCGCAGCGAUGGCCUGGAUGUCAUGGUGACAGGGAUCCAUCUCCCUGGACCCGACCUGUCUGUCCUGCCUGGGCAUGAGGUGACUGCAGGAACUCGUGUGAUAUUCCGUUGCACCCCCACACACCGCAGUACUGGCUGUUUCCUGUACCUGGAGGGCCAGAUCCGAGCCCAAGUACUCUCAAGGGAACAAGAUGACUACAACUUCUCCCAUGUGCAGAAAGGUGAGGGGGGCCGCUACAGCUGCCAGUGUUUCACCAAGAAUGCUUCGAUAGAAUGGUCUGCUGUCAGCAAGACCCUGGAUUUGGUGGUGAGAGAUUACAAGUUGUGCAACGCAGUGCGCCUGGCGCUGGGGGCCGGGCUGCUGGUCCUGCUGGGGCUCAUUACGGCUGAAGCCACGCGAGGCCGCUGCUGCCGGGGCGGGAGGGCCCACGCUCUCCCCGCAGGCAGCGCUCCCCUGACUGCGACCAGUGUGGGAACACCGGGAUUCCCUUCCUGCGCCUCGCGGUGGGAUAAAUAAACCGUUCCUGUCGCUG